AUGGAUACUCUCAACAUUGUCAGGUGGAAUAUGCGACAGCAUUUGUGGUUGUGUUUUGUGUUGGCUGGAUUGCUACUGGCAGCAUGUGCUGCGCAUGAUGAGGACGAUAGCAAUAAUGAUCUUGGUGGGAAGAAUGUAAUCGAUGAGGAAGAAAAAAGUGCAAAACUUGAUUACAUACCGCCUCCAUUUCAAACACCAAUGGUUUCUGGUUCACCUCUACUGGUAGAUUGGUUCUCGAAUCGUAAUGCAAUUGGUAGGAAAUGGUUCAUAUCAAAGGGCAAAAAGGAUAAUGUGGAAGAUUCAAUAGCCAAAUUCAAUGGUCAGUGGGAAAUAGGCACUCCUUCAACAGUCGUGAUCGACAAUGACUUCGGAUUAAUUGUAAAAAGUAGAGCACGACAUCAUGCAAUUGCUUCAAAAUUCAGUCGUCCAUUCAAAUUUGAUGGCAAACCUUUAAUUGUGCAGUAUGAGGUAAAAUAUGAAGAAGGACAGGAAUGUGGUGGUGGUUACCUGAAAUUAUUAACGGAGGGUAUAGAAGCACUGGAAGAAUUUACAGAUAAAACACCAUAUACGAUAAUGUUUGGACCUGAUAAAUGUGGUGCCAAGUCCAGUAUCCUGUUUAUUGUUCGCUUCAGAAAUCCCAAAAAUGGCACUGUUUCUGAGCACCAUGCGAAACAACCAUCCAAACCAGUUUCAACAUAUUUUGACGAUCACAAAACCCAUUUGUACACUCUGAUUGUUCGACCAGAUGAAACGUUUACUGUGCUGGUUGAUGAAAGUAAACUUAUAUCUGGUAGCUUGAUUACAGAUCUCGAGCCAUCGAUUACUCCUCCAACUGUAAUUGAUGAUCCGACAGACAAAAAGCCUGAGACUUGGGAUGAGCGUGAAAAAAUCGAUGAUCCAGAUGCCAAAAAACCUGACGACUGGGAUGAAAAUGCUCCUCGAAAAAUUGAAGAUGUGAAUGCGGUAAUGCCUGAUGAUUGGCUUGAAGAAGAGGAGGCAUUAAUUCCUGAUCCGGAGGCAACGAAACCAUCAGAUUGGGACGAUAGUAUGGAUGGUGAGUGGGAAGCACCGCGAGUUGAUAAUCCAAAAUGUAAAGAUCGGAGCGGUUGUGGUAAGUGGACAAAACCAAUGGUCGAUAAUCCAAAUUAUAAAGGAAAGUGGAAGCCACCACGCAUUACAAAUCCUAAUUAUAAAGGGAAGUGGAAGCCAAAGCAAAUCGAGAAUCCGAAUUAUUUCGAACCUCAUCCAUACUCUCAACUACAACCUAUCAUAGCGCUCGGGAUUGAACUCUGGACGAUGAGUACAAACAUCAUCUUUGAUAACAUUUAUGUUGGAGAUGAUGAAAACGCAGCUUCCAAUUUCGCCAAACAAACUUUCAAAAUCAAACUUGCUCAGGAGACAGCUUACGAAAACGCUUCCUCUCCUAGUCAAGGAAUAUUCAGUAAACUUGUAUCAGCGACCGAAGAGCGGCCAUGGUUGUGGGUUAUUUAUGUACUAUUCAUUCUCAUACCAGUGGUCAUCAUAGCUGUUAUAUACUUCGGACGCAAAAGUCGGGCAGUCACACUGGAUUAUAAAAAAACUGAUGAAUCGCAUCCUGACGAUGAAGUGCCGGAUCUGGUCGGUGACGAUGAUGAAUCUAUGGAGCGAAGUUCUCAAGAACCUGAAGCACAUGAUGAUAAUACAAAAGAAAAAAAGCGAACUUUGUCUCGAUCACCAAAUCGUGUCUAUGUGGAAGAGGAAGCGUCAUCUAGUGAGGAAUUCAAAAAUGAAGGUCACAAUUCCCCGAAAAUGAGGCGUGUGCGUCAAAGGAAACAGGAUUAG